AUGAAGAUUAAAGAAAAUAUAAAUAACAAAGAAGAUAUGGAUUGCUUGCUAGAGCAGUUGUUGGCUCUACAGAAGAAGUCGCCAACUGCUACUAAUCUCAAAAUUUCAGUGGAGAAUGAACGGAUUGAAGAUAAGGAGGAAGAGCCUCCUUCACAGCAAUUUGACAUCGAAACAUCGUCUUUCCCGCUAGAAGGUUCAGAACCUUCUGAACCUGAAAGAGAAAAUACAGAGAGAAUAGAAAACAACCUGCCACAACCUGAAAGUUAUACUUUCAACUUACUGAAGUCUCUGAUACCAUUAGAUGAAAAGCCAUCUAAGAGUCGGAAAUGUAAAAAAGUACAACAAUCCAUAGAGAUUAAAGAAAAUAUAAAUACCAAAGAAGAUAUGGAUUGCUUGCUGGAGCAGUUGUUGGCUCUACAGAAGAAGUCGCCAACUGCUACUAAUCUCAAAAUUUCAGUGCACUAUGAAAAGAUUGAAGAUAAGGAGGAAGAGCCUCCUUCAGAGCAAUUUGAUAUAGAAACAUCGUCUUUCCCCCUACAAGGUUCAGAACCUUCUGAACCUGAGAGGAGAGAGACGAGUGAAGAGACAGAAAUGAUAAUGGCCCCAUGCAAAGAAGUCCAUCCAAAACCUGGAAGUGAAGCUUCUUUGCCAGCCAAUGCUUUAAGCUUUUUGGAGCAGUUAAAGUCAUCAUUUAAAAAGCCUUCUGGGAAUCGGAAACAGAAACAGGUAUUGCGAACUGUGAUGUUUGAAGAUAUUGUAAGUGAUGAUGAAGACACUGCCCAAUAUUCUGAACUCGUUCUGCAGCAGUUGAAGGUCUUAUGUAAUGAGUCACCAACUGCUCAUGACCCAAGAGUUACAGUGCAAAUUCUACAUCUUGAUCCAACUGAAGACAUCUGUGCGGAUAAGGGAGAUGAGCUUCCUUUGCAAAUAGCACCGGAAAGCACCCCCUUACUAGAACAGCCUGCAGAACCCAAGAGUGAAAUGCAAUCUGUGCAUCUUGAACGGGUCGAAGACACCAAUGUUGAAAUGGAAGAUCAUGCAAAACUGUUCUAUUACUUAUUAUCAUGUGCUGUUACAGUUCCAACCUAUUUCUCAGCACUAGCAGGUUAUUCAGAACCUGAGAGAACGGUGCAACCUGAACUGACUGAAAGCACCAGUGUUGAGCAUCUCAGUGAGCAAAAGUGAGCUAUUAUUAACCUAAGAAGAAAAGAAGACUAGCAUAAUGGAUUUUAUUGGUCGUCAACUUGGAAGAAAAGCAACUGUGUACCUCCCAAUUGUCCCUAUUUAAGUGGGACAGUGCUGAUCUGCAUAAGUGAAAAAGGGCGGGAUGGGUGGAUUGGUACUGUGUCCACCUCUAAUUGGACACAGCCAUGGCAGAUCAACACAUGACCGAUAUUGUUCAGAUUUUAGAAUGCUGGAAGGUACUACCUUUUUAACUCAAGAAAGAAGCAUAUCUAGUAUGAUUAAAUCUAAAGCAACUGGACUUGUUAAGUAAUCAUCAAAGACGUUUCACUACUCAUCCGAGCAGCUUAGAAAUGGACUUUUUGACCUAUAAGGAAGCUCCAUUCCUGACUGCGAAAUAUGUUUUACUUGAACCAGAACUACAGGAUUGCAGAACUAAAGCCAAUAUUUAUUUCAACUUGAACUCGCCAACAGAACUGUUUAACUCUGAAUAAUAAAAUAAUAAAAAAUAAGUUAAUAACA